AUGGAUAUCGCUUGCGACAUUAUUGACGGUGAACAAUAUGAUAUUGAUCUAGCGAUUGAUAUUUCAGAAGGACUUCGAGAAAAGGCCGUUCCUGGUACACCUGAAAAUUAUGUGAAAAUUUAUACCGAAUGCUGGGAUAAUGAGCCAGAUAAUCGUCCGAUCAUGAGUCAAGUAGUUGAUCAAUUAAAUUCAAUUAUCGCAAAUUUGAACAAGACAAAAGAUGAAAAGAUGAAGAUUGAUAAUGAAGCAAACCUUCAAUCAUUACAAUCAUCAGCACAACAUCGUUAUUCGAGUAGUGUUAUUGCAUCUUCUAAUGAGUUUCUUAAUUAUAACAAAACUGCUGUUUUUGAAUUUCCAACUGCGCAGCAAAUUCCAAGUCAAUCGGUAACUUCGAAUCAUAUAACGAUCCAAGGAUCGUUCAUAAUCUGUAGAAUCAUAUCUCAAGAUUUUAAUGGAAAUUUGUCAUUAGAAGAAGCAAAAAUUAUUAAUAAUUAA